GAUUUUGGCGUAACCAUGGUAACCAAAGGUUCUCAUAUAAACAACAUGGUUUGGAUUCUAAUUGUUGAUUAGAAUUUGUUUUUGUUUUUCUCUUCUAAUUGUUUCUGUUUUGAUUAAUAUUUGGUGGUUUUUCAUUGUAUUUAGAAUUUAAAUGGCUUCUUUGUUCCUUGGAGUUGGUCGUUCUCUUGGUUUUAAGGUGAAUUAUUGUCCCAGAGUUUUGGUCAGAUUGUUUUCCAUUUCAAAAAGUGAUACAGAUGAUCAAAUAACUGAUGAUUUCGAUGAUGAUUUUAUUUACGAGCGGAUACCCCGUACUAAAGCAGAGUAUUCAAGACGUAAUUCACUGCCAAUUGAUCAACCAGAUGAACCACGAUUAAAUAGAGUUUCCAUCAUUGGUCUACCCAAUUCGGGUAAAUCAACAUUGGUUAAUCAAUUGACUGGAUUAAGGAUCACAUCGGUUUCAAGAAAAGUUCACACCACAAGGAAAAAUAUCAUCGGAAUAUUUAAUGAAGGUUCAACCCAGAUUGAAUUACUUGAUACUCCGGGUUUGGUUAAAUUGAAACACUGUGUUGACUUUAAUUUGGAACAUACUUUGUACAAUAAUCCACGUUUAUCUGCCAAAGUUGCUGAUUUAAUAGCUGUUCUUGUUGAUGCCUCACAAAAGCGAUACAUUAACUUUCUUGAUUACGAGACAUUUAAACUAUUAAGUAAACACAAGGAUAAGAAAUCAAUACUGGUCCUAAAUAAGGUUGACCGAACCAAGGAUAAGAGCAUGUUGCUCACCGCUGUUGACAAUUUGACUGGACGUUUCAUUGAAGGUGAAUCAAUCGAGGGAAAAGAGCGUAAAGAGACAAGAAAACCGUUAGCUAAAUCAAUCAAAAUGCUAAUUGAAGAAACUGAGAAGAGACUUUCCCAAUCACCAGUCGAAACUGAUUUACCCCAAAGUGAGGAAUUACGAGAAAAAUUACCCAAAGAUUUGUUCAACUUGUAUUGGCCCAAUUUUUCAAAGGUCUUCAUGGUUUCAGCUUUAACUGGUGAUGGAGUUGACGAACUCAAGGAUUACAUGAUUGAAACAGCGAAACCUUGUCAAUGGAAAUACAAUGAGAAGAUUGUUACUAAUCAAGAUCCUCAGGCUCUCGCCAUUUCCAUCGUGAGAGAAAAAUUUCUUGACCAUGGACAAUGGGAUACACCUUAUUUACUGAAAUUUCGUAUUGUUACUUGGGAACUUGAUGAGAUGAAAAAUCUUCAUAUUGUAAUAACAGCUCUCUGUCCAAAAAGUGCUAAAAUGAUUUCAAUCAUCGGACCUGAGGGUGGAUUAAUUGCCAGAAUAUCAGCUGAAGCAAGACAAGAGUUGAUUGAUACAUUUAAUUGUGAGGUUCGAUUAAAAGUUAUCGUUAAAUGUACCGAAAGAGCCAAAGACAAAGUUUUUGAUUCAGAGCGGGAUAAAACUUAUAUAUCAAAAUGGAACCAAAAAAAUGCUGAUCUUGUACACAAAACAAGAGGAACACACGAUUGAUUGUAAUUAACUUUGUUGAUAAUCUUAAUCUAUUCAAAUGUUUAUCCAAUUCUGUAAACCCAAUUGUAAAAUAUUUCCAACAAUUGACUGAUUGUUUACCAAUUGUAAUGUAAAUUUAAAAUGUAAUUUGAUUAACUCGAAAAAUAUUUACAUUGUAGAACCAUAUAAAGUUGCUCCAUAAUCUAA